CUUUUUACGCCAAAAAUGCGCGAAAAACCGCCAAAAAAUGUGGAUCUUCAAGGAAUCCGUGGUAUUUCUAUAAUUUCUGUGCUGGUUUUCCAUUUUUUCCCGACUCAGUUUCCAAAUGGCUAUUUGGGAGUGGAUCAAUUUUUUGUCCUAUCCGGCUACCUAAUGUGCAUGCUGCUCCAAAGAAGCGACCAAGAGAGCCCCUGUUCCCUAGUUACAUUAUUCUACUCAAAACGACUAAAAAGAAUACUCCCAUUGUACCUUUUUGUAAUUUUUUUGGAAUUAAGUAGUCUGUACAUGGUUUUCCCGACGACUUCUGUAAAGACUAAUCAGAAAUCUGCGUCUCAGGCGUUGAUUUUCAUGUCGAAUAGGCCAAAAACGGCGGAAGAGGAUUAUUUCCAAAUGCUCUCCAUCGGAAUAGACAUAUUCACACAUACAUGGUCCCUAUCAGUUGAGGUUCAGUUCUACCUACUCAUCCCAUUUUUGUACCUAAUUGGAAGAAAUUUUAAUAAAAACUUGCAGUUUUUGUACUAUUUGACCCUUGGCUGCACUUCAUACAUUUUUCAUGCAAAUUCUUCCUCUACUGUGUCUUUCAAUAGCGUUUUUGCAAGAAUCUGGCAGUUUUUGAUAGGAUUCCUAGCUUUCUCGUUCGUGUCAGAAAACGACGGAUGCUGUCAGUAUAAGCUUGUCACAGAAAGUGAUGAAGACUUAGAGGAAAGUCAACUUUUGGAGGAAAAAGAGGAGGAAAUCGAAGAAAUUGAUAGAAAAAUUGGGGAGAAAUCCCUAUAUUUUUGCCAGGUUCUACUGAUUUUCGCCACUCUUUUGCCUAUUUUCUGUUCAAUUCCGUUGAGUUCCAAGGUUGUGAGACCACUAAUCACUAUUUUCACUGGAUUUCUUAUUGGAAUCUCCAAAAACUACAGUAAUCUUAUUCUAUCCAAUAGAUUUCUAGUGUACUUUGGCGAUAUUUCCUAUUCCUUGUAUUUGGUGCAUUGGCCAAUUUUUGCUCUAUGGAAGUUGACGGAAAAUGACGAUGAAAUUGCACUUUUUCUAUCACUUUUUGCUUCCAUUUGCAUUGCUACAAUAAUUCAUGAAACUUAUGAAAAAUGGUACCUACAAUUGUGCUCCGCGAGCAUCGGAAUUCUCACUAUCAGUUUUUUCAUUGCAAAUGUGGGAUUGAUUGAGAAAAAUGCGAUUAUUGAUCAAUUUUUUGGCGGAAAUUCAAAAAUUCGGGGAAAUUUGGAUAAUGUGACAGCGGAUAUGACUAUGACCGACGCACAACGCCUGAACCAUCAAUGGAGUGUGAAUGACUAUGACAAUUUGUAUACGAAUACUUGCAUUUAUGAGGGAGUUGGCACACCUUUGGGCUGGUGCCGGCAUACGGGUCUCCAUGGAAAAUUGAAAAUAAUGACGAUUGGCAAUAGUUGGACCGCAAACCACGCAAAAAUGUUCUACCAAGAAUGCGGGUUUUUGGCGAAAAGUAUCCUGCAAGGCUCUGCAUACGGAUGUGAACCUUUAUAUCCGUCACAUGGAAUUGAUUUGUGUAAAGGAAAUUUUACGGAUUUCGAGGAACAUGUUAGAAAUGAGAAGCCGGAUUAUGCAUUCAUGUUCACCAGAUUCAUGACAAUCGGGGACCCUUUUCCGGAAAACGUGACCAGUUUCGAUGAAGAUCCAAUAUAUCAGAUAAUGAAGUCGCAGGUGCUAAAAUUCAUAUCAAAUAUCAAAUAUAAAAUAUACAUUCUCGAUGCGAUUCCUCGGUUGAACAUUGAAUUUAUCGAGAGAAUUGUGCCUAUGAUGUGGAGAGGAGCUCCGGCUCAGUUUAUUGAUAACCACCUAGUCGAACCAAAACUCUAUCAAAUGGCACGUCGCCGCUAUGCACAACUGGAAAAAGAUUGCUUGGGAAAAUGCAUUUUGGUGGAUUAUGUACCCGAAUUCUGGAACAAAACCACUCAAACUUUCCGAUUUUUCGAUGCAAAAGGGUUUUCCUAUUUUACAACUCCCACCCACCUGUCCCCACAUGGAAUCGAGCAUAUUCGGCAUGUUUGGACGGAUAUUUGUACAAAUUUGAGCAAGAAUUUAUUAUAUUAAUGUGAUUUUUUAAAGAAUUUAAUACAAUUGAAAUACUUUUUUUUGUUA